AUGCUGCGAUGGGGCGCCAAGGCCGUAGGCGCCUUCACCAUCGGAACCAGCUCCACGCUGGACUCCGGCACGGGCGACGGCACUGGCGCGCGCGCGUUCGCGGGCGCGCCCGUCGCCGCGGAGGGGGCCGAGGGCAUGGGGCGCACGGUCGGCUGCGCGCUGGAGCAGGGCGCCCCCAGCGACCCGGGCGACGCCGCCGCGGCGCCGUUCGACGGCGACAAGGGCGACGUCGAGUCCGACGGCGGCGCGGCCCAGGUUCCGACGGCGAAGAACGCCCCCAUCGCUAGCGCCAUCGACAAGUGCAAGGCCACCGCCUCGCACUUUGCCCGACUUUAA